CUCACAAUCCCAGACCCCAGACAGAGAGCAGCAAAAUGAGUGUGUGGAGAGUUGUGGUUGUGGCCCUGGUUUUAUUCUUCGAGGCUCAAGUUGUGUCAGCGCAGUUAGACGUUUGUGUGCAAGCUCCCCUCAACCGCAUAGGGGGUGGACAGGAUGCUCGGGUGGGAGCAUGGCCAUGGCAGGUCAGCCUACACCGCGGUGACCACUCCUGUGGGGGGUCUCUCAUCACCAAGGACUGGGUGAUUACUUCUGCACACUGCUUUCUCAGGUGAGCUUUCUAGUGUGUGAGUUUAAGGAUGAGGAACACAAACUGAAAUGCUAAUUAUGUACCAGCUGAACUAGCCAGUGGAUACUGUACCUCAAAGACUGCUGUGCGUUUAUUCCUCAGCUUCACAGUAUAUGUCAGAUAUGAUUGCAUCAAACACACAACUUAUAACUUAAAACAGUAACCAAAUACAUUUCCAAAGUAACCUUCCCAAAACUGAAUGUAUGUGAGAUUCAACAUAUUAUUACUGUCGUGUGCCUGUGGAAUUGCUUUG